AUGGUCCAGAAGCGGGCUCUCAAAGUCAGAGCGACACUGUGGAGAAAUGCUACUUUAGAUGGUGACCAUAUGAGCUUGGUCGACACUGAGCAAAGUGGUUGGACGGUGCAGCCCUCAGGUAGCACCUACGUGAGCGGGAGGAUCACAGACUUUGCCCAUUAUUGGAUCGCGGAAGAAAUGACGUACAUGAACAUCACCGAGGCAUUUCUAAUGAAUCCUAGUGAGGACUUCGCUCCCUGGGUCCAAGGCGAGUAUUGA